CUCGGUCGGCUCGCAGAGACAGCAGGAUGCCGAGGGGAGCACUCCGACACGCGGCGUCCGUUUUCCCGUCCCCCGCCGUGGUCGUCUCUCGGUCACGGCGACUCUGAUGGGCGUUUUUAACCUCCUCUUACCGUCCACGACGCUUGGAUAUUUUCGGAAGCCGCGAAAUGAAGCGAAUGAAUGUGAGCAACAAGAAGUCUCCUGUUGUUGUGCCCGUCUCCAGCAUCACUAGUAGUCAAGUACUCUCUGUGGAUGCUGUCGGUGCCUCGGUGAUUUUUUUUUUUUUUUUUUUAGUUGUUUUCAGAGGAUUUUGAUGUAGUGGUCAGUCGUGGACUACCCAACUUCCCCCCUUCUUUUUUUGUUGUUGUCUUUUUCGAGGUUUUCCGUCUUUGAAACAAAGAUUUCAGGAUAGACCAACUCCGGAAAACCAGCGACUUGACAUCUGCUCCGGGCGGAAUAACCAUUCUUAGCGGUUAUUCGCCUUUUACAAGCAUCUUCUCUGGGCCACGCUGGAAGUCGCCUACCACCAUGUGGCCGUCGGGAGUGGGGAGCAGGCAGCCCUGCCCGCGGGAGUCGGCGAUGCGCAGGGCGGCCAUCAGCGGCAACAUCAACGCCCUGCCGCCGCACCACGUCCCCACCGGCCGCAGCGUCCGGGUCUUCAUCUGUGCCAACCCCGACGACACGGAGGCGGAGAGGAACGCACUGAAAGAGCACGUUUACCCCAAACUGCGAGACUUCUGUAGGGAGAACUAUGGGAUUGAGUUCCAGGUGGUUGACCUGUACUGGGGAGUAGAUCCAGAAGAGUGGGACAGUCCAGAGCUGCAGCGACUCCGAAUGAAACUUCUGGAGGAAUGUCUGAAGACUUCGGCCGGACCGUGUUUUGUUGGCCUGGUGGGAGAGAAAUACGGCAGCAUCCGAGUGCCGGGGGAGGUGGAGUCAGCAGAGUUUGAGAUGAUCUUGGAUGCAGCUGUGGAGGCGGGGCUGGACACACACAUCUUGGAAGAGUGGUACUGCAGGGAUGAAAACUCUGUGCCACCCGCAUACUACCUCAAACCCAAAGCCCAAAUGCUCAAGAACUACCAGAACUCUAUGGAGUCAAGCAGCGCAGCCAAGACCAAGAACGACAAGGCCUGGAGGAAUGUGUCGGAGGAGAUCAAGAGGAUCUUCCGAACGGCCGUGCUGCAGCUGCAAGAGAAGGGGACCAUGAAGAGCGCCCAGGCCAAGAAAUUCCUUUGCUCUGCCUUGGAGGACGAGUUAGACUUUGCCCUUGGGAAACAAACGCCUGCCUUUCUCAGGAAAUGUGUCUGCUACAUACGCAAGAUCUCCAACUUCGACCGCUUCGCCAAGCUCCCCGACAUGGCCCGCUACAUGGACAUCGUGGUCAGCGCCGAUCGCGUCAUGCGCAACCAGGAAGCCUACGAGCGCCUCCUGAAGGUCCGCGACGAAUUCAUCCCCACGGUGGUGGCCGCCUCCAACCUCCGCGUCUAUUCCUCCGUCACCCACUGCGACAUGAAGCUGGGCUACUCCCAAGAAGUCGAGAGCCACUACGUCGAGGGUCUGUGCAAGCAGUUCUACGAGGACAUGGUGGACAUCAUCCAGGCCACGGUCCAGCAGAACUUUGACACGGAGACCGACCCUAUGUACGACGAGAUCCUGCAGCACCUGUCCCUGUGCAAAAGCUACGCAGCCCUCUACGAGUACAAGACCGAGUCUCUGGAUUACGUUCAAGAGUAUAUCAUGCCGUCUAAGGGGAGCAGGAUGAGCCCUCUUGUAGUGUAUGGAGGACCCUGCACUGGAAAGACGCUGUUGCUGUCUGAGGUGGCCAAACAGGCCUACACGUGGCUGACGAAAGAGAUGGGCCCUGAAACCGACCCAGUGGUCAUUGUUCGUUAUGUUGGCUCCAGCCAGCUCUCCAUAGACCUACGAACACUCCUCCAGAGCAUCUGUGAACAGAUUGCAAUAAACUACCGCUGCCUGAUUCACUUUUUGCCUAACAAGAUUCAGGAGAUGAGGGAGCUCCUGAUCAACCUCCUAGGGGAAUCCUCUUUCAACCGGCCUUUGGUCAUCGUCUUGGAUGCCCUGGAGCAGCUUUCGGAUGCCGACGAAGCCCGAAAGCUGUGGUGGCUCCCCAUACAUCUGCCUCGGACAGUUCGCAUUGUAGUAUCAACUUUGCCCAACAAACAUGGCAUUCUGCAGAAGCUCCGCCACACCAUCCACGAUGAGGGGUAUUAUGUGGAAUUAAUUCAGAGGGAUCGCAAGGUCUGCAGUCAAACCUUAAAACAACAGUUGCUGGGGGUGAAGAGAAAGGUCACCUCGGGCCAACAAAUCUAUGUCAACGAGGCGCUUGCCAAGUGCACAUUGCCCAUGUUUGUCAACCUCAUCUACAGAGAAGUUGUCCACUGGAGGUCUCAUAAGGAUGUUGAUGAUAAGUCCCUCUGCUCCACAGUGCAUGAAAGCAUAGAGCAACUGUUCUACUCUGUGGAAAACAAAUUGGGCCAAAGAUUUGUCUUUAGAGCAUUGGGAUAUAUCACCAUGGCCAAGGCUGGGCUCACUGAAGUUGAACUAGAAGACAUCCUAUCUCUUGAUAACAUAGUUCUUGGUGAUGUCAUUGUGGCAACUUACCUCAAAAACCCACUGAGGAUCUCUUAUGACUUGGUUGCAAAGCUCAGAGAGGAGCUGGAGGGUUAUUUGGUUGAACGUCAGGUGCGAAAUGUCACCUUGAUGGUCUGGGCCAACAGGCACCUGCAUCUCAUUGCCCAGAAGCUCUAUCUUAGCAAUGAGGAGGAUGUUCAUCAGAUGCACAGCCUCUUAGCUGAGUACUUCCUGGGGGCAUGGUCUGGAGGCCGAAAGAAAAUCUUUACUUACGAUAACAACCAUUUCACUUCCCUGAACAUUUCUCAUCACAAAAACCCUCACCAUCAGCAGUCGCAUGAAAAAACUUCUUCUGAUAAAUACUCUUACGACAGACAGACACCGGAACAGCCUUGGGUGUUUCAGUGCAACCUUUUGGAGCCAGACAUCUUCUUUGUCAAUCACAGAAAGAUGACAGAGCUGGUGUACCAUCUUUCCAGGAGUGGCCGCACUGAUGACCUCAUGUUUGGAGUCAUCAUGAACUUUAGCUGGCUCUACACAAUGAUCAAGAUUGGCCAGUUUGACAAGGCUUUAACAGACAUUGACCUGGCUUACAGCUACACCCAAGAAAAAGAGCUGAAGUUUUUGGCCACCACUCUCCGUAGCAUCAAGUUAAAAGUGUUGAAGAACCCAGCAUCAUUGUCUGCAGAACUGCAACAAAGACUUUUACCAGUUGUCACCUCUCUCCCUAAGCUCCGACACCUUCUUCUGGAGUGUGACAAGGAUGGCCCAAAGUACUGCUCUAUUGUGCCUCUCCACUCCUCUAUGGACGUCACUUACAGUCCAGAAAGGCUUCCUCUGUGCUCCAGCUACAUGCAGAUUGUGGAGAUCCUGCCCACUCUAGCCCCAAAUAUAGUCCUUGUAGCAUUGGAAGAUGGGUCUGUCAGCACCUGGGAUGUAGAAAGCAGACAACUUCUACGACAGAUCGACACAGCCAGAUCUGUUGUGCUGGGAAUUAGGCUAACGUCUGAUGAGAAGUAUCUAGUUGUGGCCACAACCAAAAAUACACUGCUCAUCUACGAUAAUCACAAGUCCUGCCUUUUAUCGGAGGUUGAAAUCAAGGGGUCCAAGCAUGGUGGUGUCACUGGUGGGGUUGCUUUCAUCAAUGGCUUUACUUUGUCUACCCAUCAUGCUUUAGCUUGGCUUGAGGCGAGUAAAGACGUCAACGUCAUUGACCUACUCUACGGCUGGCCUCUCUACCAGUUCCAUUGCUGGUAUGAGGUUACUUGUGUCCAGUGCUCGCCCGAUGGGAUGUAUGCCUUCUGUGGUCAGUACCUCAACACUGCAUCCAUCUUUCAUCUGGGAAAUGGAGACAAGUUGGCCACUGUGACUUCUGAGUUUUCUGGGGGGUUUGUUAAAUCCAUCCUUGUGCUUGAUACACUUCACCAAAUGGUAAUGGUUGAUAAUGAAGGCAGUUUGUCAGUGUGGAACACCAAAGAGGUCACUAACCCGAAGUUGAUGGAGGAUUAUGAUUGUAGAGGGGAUGACAGUGAAGUAGUGGGCAUUGAGUUAUCUGAAGACCAACGUUCCAUUCUCAUUUGCAAGGCGAGGAGCAUUGAGGUUCUGGACACAAAAGUAUGGAAAAUGGUAGAGAAGUUCAAAGCCAAACGUACCGAACGCUUUGUCGCUGCUGUUCUCUCCAAGAAUGGACAAAGCAUUGUGGCAUCCAUGGAGAACACCUCCUCCAUUUUUGUCUGGAGGAGAGACAGUGGACAGUGCAUGGCUAGCCUGAUUGAGAUCUCAGGGGCUAUUGUUAAACUCAUCAAAUCAGUCCAUCACAACCUGCUGCUGUCUGUUGCCAGCAGUGGAGUUCUGUCAGUUUGGGACAUUGAUAUUAUCACCGCCAUGUCCAACAUCGACAAAACAGGAAAGAAGAUUCAGACCUUGCAGCUGUCCGGCAGAGAGGACUAUGUGUUUACCAUGGAUGGCUCAGAAGCUGUCCAUAAAUGGAACUUUAGCACUGGCUUUAUUGAGACAGUCUUCAAGCACGAGGGCAUGGUGGAGAACUGUGUCCUAACCUCCUCAGGGGACCUCAUGGUGACUUCAGACGACAAGUCCAGUCAGUACAUCUGGCAAACCACCACUGGAGAAAACAUAUUCCGCAUCAAUGGACAGAGAAUAUCACAGCUGCUAAUCACCCACAACGAUCAAUUUGUUGUGUCCCUCUGUGAGCAGAAUGCAUCCAGAGUCUGGAGGCUUGCCACUGGACACAAAGUCUGCAACAUCUUAGUCACUCUCCAGAAUGCACUGAUCACCACAGCGAACACUUUCCUGGUGGGAACGUCCAAAAAUAAGCUCCUGGCUGUCAGCCUGUGGUCAGGCAGCGUAUCAAAGAAGUUUGUUUGUGAUGACGGUAUUACCAUCGUCAACUUCAAACUCAUUCCCGACUGCCCUGACUGUGUGGUCUUCAUCACAUCAACAGAGACGGUCUUCAUCUGGAGUGUGGCAGAUGAGUCGGUGUGUAGGCGAGUCCAGUUGCCAACCAACUUCCUCAAAAAUUUAGAGGACUUCCAGAUUUCACCCAAUGGGAAAUUAGGAAUUGUCUCCAAAGGUGAUGAGAAUAUUAAUGUCUUGGAUCUUCACAGUGGGAAGCUAAGGCUUGUCCAUGCUGCAGGUAUAAUCUGGCGUCAGAAGUUAUCAAGAGACGGUCGUUAUCUUGUAUACGUCUGUUUCCGGAACUGUGACGAAGAUGAUGAAGCCGGUGUUGUGUCCAAUCUGAUCGUGAUGCGCCUCGCUGAUGGUAAAAGCAUUGGCACAUGCUCUCUCUACAAAACCCCUACCUUCCUGUCUCUGUCUCAACGUGCACUAAACAUCAUCGUUGGCUUUGAGGAUGGCAGCAUUGGCACAUACACAGUAGUGGACCGCGUGGAUGCCGCCCUUAAGAUAAAAAUAGCGACCUCCAACAGCCGACAGAUUGUCAACAAUGCCUCGCAGAAGGUGCGGCCCAAAUGCGGCAACCAUUCCUUUAAGACCAUUGCCGACUGCACGUGGAGGGAAUCAACGGAGGUCUUCUCAAGGGACAGCCCCAUCAAUGUGUCGGACUCUGGAGAAGGUGAGUCGACAACGCCUACAAAAAAGACUGAGCUGCUGCAGUAAGAGGUGAAGAACAAAUGAGCAGGAGGAGGGUGGAGGCAGGUGACAAUGCUUAGAAUCUCUGGGGUUGCAGUUGAUUCUUGUUUACAGCCACGUGAUUCAGCUGCAGAUGUCAGCCCUCUGGGUAGUUAAUGGGCCGAUCAUUUAAACGCUGCACUCAAAUUAUGUAUUACUUACUUCCAACUUAUGAUACGCUUUAUGUUUGUUUUACACAUGAAGACUGUUAGAAACAUACCGUUUUUGAAAAGAAGACAAAUGUAAAUUCUGUGAAGUAUUAGUUUGCCAUUAUGUGUCCUUUUGCAUUUGAAGAACAAACUUAUUCAAAUGUCCUGGUCAAACAUUUUCAAAGCCAUUCCAAUGAUCUUAGCCACUUUCAUUGUACACUCUCUAUAAUUUACAUUGUGCACAUUAAGCCAUAAUGUUGUUCUUAAAAGAGUUUAUUUACGUUUGUAUUACCAUCAGGCGGUACUGUACAAAAAGGAAGAACUAUGAACAUGUGUACAUAUCUCUUUUUGGCUGCUGCAAUUUGUGCAACUCCUUAAAAAUGUUAUGUUGUGCUUAAUGCAAUCAAAGUGAGUGCCUGGAAUUUAAAAUGUUCUUUAUGUGCAGAAGAUUUAUGAAAAUGCAGGGAAUUUGUAAACACAGUAUUCGCACCGUUACACAAUACUUGCAUUGACGUGAAAUCUAAACGAUCAGUGAAGUGAAAUCCAGUCAACAACGCGAGAGGUCGACAACGUUGCUCUUUGUAAUGACAGUUGGAGAAAUUUCUGGGAACAAUUCACAUAAAUUUGAUGCGGAUUUACCUGCAGUUCCAUCGAUUUGUGUGGCCGUUCGUUCUAAGGGAAACACCACUAUUGAGCAUACAGUGUAGCAUAGCACCAUACACAUUCACGCCUUAACUAGUGUUCUUGCUUUAGGUUUAGUGGAGUUUGUUCAAAUGUUCCAGUAUAAAAAGGACAAAAAGGCGAUUAGCCCAACGUUUCGCUGAAACACGUGAAUAUAUUUAGACGUUUAGACAGUAGGUGGAAGCACUUUAUGAGUGGUUUGUGAGAAAUUAUUAGAUUUAUUCAUAUGAAACAUUGUAUAUGUAGUUUAAAGUGAUCUAGAUUUGUCUUAAAAAAGGUAUUUGAUCUGCCUACUGAAACACACAGGGGUACUUGAAGGCCACAGAAGACUCACUUGAAACACCACAGUCGCUUUCUAAAUGCCUGGUAGUAAUGAAAAUAAUAACAAGAGAAAAAAAAGAAAAUGCUGUCAUUUUAACAACUGGCUUCUGAGAUUAAAGUUUAGCAGUUCGGAGGUUUGUAAAAAUAAAUAAGGGUCAAAAGGUUUUCAAUGAAAUGAGGUUCGGAAAAACAUUUUAUUCUUCAAAAUUUUAUGUUAGACCCUUCAGAUUGUCAAAAUAUGCGUAGAAAUACAGUUGCAGAAAAAACAUUCAGCAUAGAUUAAACUGAUUUUUAAUUCAACAAAGUACAGGCCAAAGGAGCAAUUUAAAUGUUGUUGUUUUGUGACAUUUAUUUGCACUUUCUAAAUCUGUUUGGAAUUAUUAUUUGUUUUUGUCCCAGAUUUUACCAAAAGCUUUCAAAGUUCUUCCUGAACACUAUUUCAUAAGCUCUUUUUGACCUUUAUUUGGGCUCAUGAAUCAGAAUUUGUUAAACAUCCUGACAGCCUGAAGUUAAAGAUACGCUGACAAUCUAAAAAACAUGCAAACAACAACAACAGAAAUCUAUGAAGUUGAAUCUUGCAGGUAAAGCAUGUUUGUCAAAUCCCAAAUUUUUAUUUGCAGUCAGCAGUUUUGAUGAAUCCAAUAAUAUGCCAGGCAUGAAAAAAAAAAAAAACACUUUCACUUGACAUAUACUUUUUAAGGGCUAUUCCAUCUUAUCAUUUAUUUACUGGUUCUGAACUUUUGAAAUAAAGGCCCUUGGAUAAUUUCGGGUAGCAGCACGGAGCUUUAAAAUACUUUAAUUCCCCUUCAACUCAUGUGUUUCUAAAUUGAAAGUAAAUUUUAAAAAAAAGGAAAAAAAAAGGUAUUUUAUCAUGUAAUUGCCAAAGUCCCAAUUAUGGUUUUGUUUCGUUGACCGUCUCAUUUGUUUUUUGAGGCUUGUACUGUAAUUAUAUUGUUACCAAACUGUUUCAGUGUUGGACUGUGAUUAUGAUAGAGAAAAACGUGCUAUCUUUGCUAAAAAGUUUAAAAAAGUAUAAAAUAUAUUGGAAUGCCAGUUUAAGAGUAUAUUUGAAUGUGUCCAUAUGGAAGCCAGUCAAUGGUAUUAUUGUAUGUUAAGUAACUUGAAUGACUUUUAAUAACUUACAUGUUUGCAACUCAUAGUUGACAUACUGGUAAUGAAUGUUUCUAUGGUAUUCUUUGUAUCGUCAGGACUGACUUACCUGUUUAGAGAUUUAUAUUUUCAUAAAUGUUGUACUUACAUUUUGUUACAGAGUUGUUUAACUGGGAUACAAACAGAAAAGAAACUUAUGUCUGAAGCAAUAUGAAACUGGUGUGUAUGCAUUGUUUGUAUGAAACAUUUUAAUGUAAUAAAAUGGUUCACUUUUUGCCUCCA